CCAGUUCCUCCAACUCGCUGCAGCAUGUAUAACGGAAUCGGACUCACCACUCCUCGUGGAAGUGGAACGAAUGGCUAUGUAGUACGAAACUUGUCGGCCAUCCGCUCGCACCAAAGCGUGCAUGACCGCGCUGGCGCAUGGGACGUGGCGCCGCCCAAGCACAGGGAACCCGACGCGGAGAUUCUGGAGCACGAGCGGAAGCGCAAGGUGGAAGUGAAAUGCCUGGAACUGCAGCUCCAGUUGGAGGACGAAGGGGUGGACGAAGACAAGAUCGAGGAGCAAGUCAGCGAACUUCGAACGAAGCUUCUUGCUGAAGCGGCCUCCUUCACCCAAAAUGCGAAGGCCUUGAAGCCCUCGGACACCCACGGCAUUGCAGCCGCUAAAAAGGAAGAGCUUAGCAAGAUGGCCCGGGCGUUUGGCACCCGCAGCGACUACCACGAAGGAGACGCGUUCGACAGGGAGAAGCAGGAGGAACAGCGCGUGCGUCGGACUGCGGAGAGGGAGGAGCGAGACCGACAGCGGGACGAGGAACGUGCGAAGAUGCUGGCGCAAAAGGAGAAGUGGGAAGCAGAACGCAAGGAGAGAGACCGCCUGCGGAGGCGAGAGGAAGACAGGCGGCGCAAAGAGAGGGAAGAAGGCGCGAAACGCACGGAGAGAAUGCCACCCCCUCCGCUACCCCCUUCCCGCGACCGGGACCGUGGUCGGGACUACGACGAUCGCCGCAGCAGGAGCAGGAGCCCCGUGCGGCGUCGCGACUACUCGCCUGUAGCUCGGGAUGACCAGAGGAGGCGGCCUCGUUCGCCAUCGCCUCGCCGCCGGCCUAUCUCUCGCUCGCCUUCGCCACUUCGUCGCCGUCCUAUUUCACGUUCGCCCUCUCCACCUCGCCGCCGACCCGCUUCCCGGUCACCUUCAUCUCCUCCGGCUCGCGUCAGGCGCCGCUUCGAGUCGCGUUCUCCUGUGCGCUCUCCUCCCCCUCGUUACCGGCGUUCUGGUUCUGUCGAGCCACCGUCGAGAGGUGAGCGGGGUGUAAAGGUUUCCCCCUCCCCGCAUCCCCCUCGCGCCCGGGACAUCGGCCGCAGGGACGACCGUUCCAGGUCUCCUCCGCCACGCUAUGGAAGGGAUCGCCCGUCGCCACGCCGUCGCUCGCCUACGAAGUCGAGGUCCCCGUCGCGGUCGAGGUCACCGGUGAGCCGCGGCAGGUCGGCUACGCGUUCCGUCUCGCCCCCUCCCGCUGGGGAACGAGGCCCCCGUCGUCGUGCUCAGUCGUCGUCCAGUGAUUCUUCGAUGUCUGUUAGCUCUGGAUCGAGCCGCAGCCGGAGCAGGGGUUAGGUGGCUUAUGUAGCCGUGUUUGAAUCUUGCCCUUGGCUCCUUCCGUACUAUGCGUGUACGAUAUGCUCUAGGUUGUACCCGAGCUUGAUAUGUAUUCGCCUCAUGCUUUGUCC